AUUUAUACUUCGCGGGGUACUCGUCAGCCGGCCCCCCCCCCGUCAGCGCGGUGGUUGUGGAGGCCGCGCGGCGAGGCCGCCAGCCCGGGCCCGAGGCCCGCGCGAGAGGAUGUCCGGCCCGCCGCUGGUGUCUCGCCGGGAGGGGGAGGCGACGAUCGAGUCCAGGUCGACGGAGAAUCUCCCGGUGAAGUUUUAUGGCUGCUGGGACUGCCCCCACUGCCAGCGCGCCUGGAUAGGCCUCGAGGAGAAGGCCGGGGCCCGCGGAGGAAAUUAUUCUCUGACCGACCCAGAGUCAUAUUGAUCUUUGACGUUGUCUGAAGGUGGUGGACUACCAGUGGGUUGAGGUCGACCUGUACAACGCUCAAGGCAAAGCUGACGAGGAUCGGGGCCGGUGGCACCUGCCCCUCAAGGACGUGAUGGAGCGGUACCCCGCGUUCGCUGCGGUGUCCCCGAGGGGGCGGCUGCCGGCCCUGGACCACGACGGCGAGCACGUUGAGGACUCCACGAUCAUCCUCGAGUACAUGCACGAGGUAUUCGUCGGAGCCCCUUUGCUUUGCCCAGCUGCACCCCGCACCUCCGGGCGCAAGUCCGGUUCUGGACGCGGUAUGUCGACACGCACAUCAUCCCGCAUUACGACAGGUUGCUCUCCGCGCAGGACGCGGAGGCGCGCGCCUGGGAGCGGGCCGCGCUCCUGGAGGGCCUGGCCGAAUUCGAGGCGGCCAUGGCGCCGGAGGCGGAGGGCCCGUUCUUCCUCGGUGACGACUUCACCAUGGCCGACAUUGCGCUGGCCCCAUGGUGGCAGCGGAUGUGCACCGUGCUGCGGGCCUACCGCAAGUUCGAUCCCUCCAACUGCCCCCGGCUGCAGGCCUGGUUCGAGGCGGUGGAGGCGCGGCCGUCCUUCCAGAGGACGGUGGUGGACCCGGAGCGGCUCAUCGAGGUUUUCGCCGACUGCGCGGACCUCGAGGAGAGCACCAAGUUCAAGCGUGGUUCCGCCGGCGCGAGCGGCUGUGGCCGCCCUGGCCCAUGAUGCGCCCCGGGAGGUGACACGCUCCGAGAAAGCUCGACGCGCGCGCGCGCCCUGGGGAUCUGAUGCCCCUGUCCUGGCCGACGUGGGGGUCCAGGGGCAACUAGGGAAUGGC